AUGGAUCUGCAUGAUUAAGUGUUCCAAUUUAUUCAGAAAAACGUAACUUUCAAGGAAAGUAGUUUAAAUAAUUAUAUACUGGUGAAGAAUAACUAUCUGCCGAUAGAAACUAUAAAUGAGCUAGAGGACAAUGAUAGUUUGAUUUUGGUUUCCAAAAAUCAGUUCACUAUAAUGAUAGAUCACAUAAGAUGUCAAAGUGAAAGGGUUAAAAUGACUCCUACUCGAAGAUUUGCAAUGCAGCUGAAAGAAUAAUACACAAAGGAUCUCAGGGAGAGGCAAGAAAAAGAAAAGCAAGUAGAGUAGCAGAAUAGACUAGCUAGGAUAUGCAGAUAGGAGUAUAUUGAUUAAAUGGGUAGGAUUUAGAUCGAAAAUGAGGACAAUAAUAACCCUAAUAACAUUUUUAAGGAUCUGGAGUUUAAGAGCUCUGAAGUGGUGAAACUUCAAUAAAUCAAUAGCGAAUUGUAAAUACCAGUCAAUAAGCUCGCAAUAAUGCCUUAAUCAGAAGCCUCAGUAAAUAAUGAUGAUGAUGAAGAUGAAAUUAUGAUUAUUGGGGAGACUAAAUCCACACUAAGCGAAUAGGAAUCCUAGGCUCAAUAAUAAAGUUUAAAUAGUGGUCUAAGCAUCACAUAAAAAAUGCUGUAAAAUAGCUCAAUGAUAAAAAAGAGGGAAUUAAUAAAUGAAAAGAUCAUUGAUAAUAAAAACAGAAUGUUUCAGAUUUUCAAAAGUCGAGUUAAUAAAGCAGAUAUUCUUGGAGAAUAUGUAUCAGCUGCAGUAAGAAGGAGAUAUUAGACCCUAAGGAAAAAUGAUAUGGGGCCAGAAUAUACUGAAUUCGAGAAUCUACGAGAGAAUGGGUCAAGUGGCUACAUAAGCAAUGCUACCUGCAGCAAUCUUGUAAUUGAUAAUGACUUAAUUUAGGAUCCGUCUAGUCUUAACAACAAAGCCAAAUUAAAGUGUGAACCUCUUUUGGAUAAAAAUCUGUACUUUACAGGAGAAAGAACAUAAGAGUCAAACUCCUUAUUCGAUGAUGAUUAGGUAAUGAAUGAAAUACCUCUGGAUGAAUCUUUAAACUCAAUUAAUAGAAACCUUGACAUUAAUUAUUAGCCAAAUGAAAGGCUAGAUCUAGAUUUCGUCCGCGUGCCUAAAGAUGAAAACCUAUUAUCGAUUGAAACAGAUAACUUUGAUGAAUUCCAAAGAGUGUUUAAAUGCACUAGAGCUGAAUUGAUUCAUUUAAUUAAGGGACUGGCAGCAGAAAGACAUUUCUCUUGCAUGGUGGCAGGAGAUAAUGUGUCGAAAUGCUAUAGACUAGUCAAUUUCAAAUGCACAGAUUCGAAGUUCAAAAAGAAAGAAAGAGAUCUUUAUCAAGACAAGUGUACAUUUUACUUGCAAUACAUUGAAGAACCAGACUAGCCUAAUCUCUUUAAGCUGCAUUCAUACAAUUCUAUUCAUAAGCACUACCUGAAAAAGCGUGAGGUCUGGAAUAUGUCUGAGUAUUACUCUAGAAAGACCUCUUAAACACAUGAUUAUAAGAACUAUGAUAGACAUUGUAGAAAGGACUGGAGAAAUGAGUUUAUGAAGAGUCUAACUUAUGAAUUGACUACUGUCUAUGCUGAUUAGAUUAUCAAUAAUAUGCAGGAGAGAAAUCCAUUGGUGAAUCAUAAGUUAAUAAGACGUGUGCGAGGCGAAAGAGGAGGUGAAAAAAUCGAAGCCUAGGUUUAGCAACAUCAGAUAGCCUAUGGCUAUGAAAAAAGCAAAGCAUGUAGCACCAAAUAGAUUGUGAAGGAGUUAAAUAUCAAUAAGGAACUCUAUUUUGAAAGGUUUGUUAACAUUUAUGGAAUGGACUAGAAGAUUUGA